GUACCACCAGGCGGCGGUCAGACGCUGUUCUGUUGUUUGUCACCGCCACGAAGAAGAGGACCUGGGCUAGCAGGCGCAUCCUUUACGGUGUAUGUGUGGCAACAACAUGUCUGUUCCGCUGCUUGCCGAGGCCGUGACAGUGUCUGGGACCGAAAAAGAGACUGCAGCAGUCAUCUUUCUUCAUGGUUUGGGAGACACGGGUCAUGGGUGGGCAGAUACUAUGGCAGGGAUCAGGAUUCCUCAUGUUAAAUAUAUUUGCCCCCAUGCGCCUCGAAUCCCUGUCACUCUUAACGGGAAAAUGACGAUGCCCUCGUGGUUUGAUUUAAAGGGUCUUAGCCCCGAUGCUCCAGAGGAUGAAGCUGGAAUCAAGGGGGCAGCAGAAAGCAUAAAGGAGAUAAUUGAUCAUGAGGUCAAAAAUGGGAUUCCUCCAAACCGAAUAUUGCUCGGUGGCUUCUCUCAGGGUGGAGCUUUAUCCUUGUAUACCGCCUUGACAUGCCAGCACCAGCUUGCUGGCGUUGUGGCUCUCAGUUGCUGGCUUCCACUAUACAAGUCUUUUCCACAGGCAGCAUGUAAUAGCGGCAACAGGGACAUACCGAUUCUGCAGUGUCACGGGCAGAUCGAUCCCCUGAUCCCUGUGGCCUACGGUGACUGGACAGCAAAAAAACUCAAGGAAAUAGUCAACCCUCAGAAGAUCAGCUUCAGAAUCUACCCAGAGCUCGUACACUGCUCCUGUCCUGAGGAGAUGUCUGAUGUAAAGGAAUUCAUUGAGAAGCAGUUGCCUCGAAUCUAACAACACCAUCAUCUCCACUGUGACCCCCAGCACGCUAACCUUUCACCUUCAAACUGCCAUCCACCUACAGGAAACAGCCAUGUGCAACACCUCUUCUACACAUCAUGGUUUGAGCCACACUGCAAAACGAAAUCUGCUUCUCCUGCAGCCCAUGGCCUUCCUGCUGAAAUAACCUCCAGAAGGAGAAACGCUACGUCAGAUUUAAAUAUACCAUGGUUUAAAAAAAUAAAAAAUACAGCAGUCUGUUGCUGAUUAGUCUUUCAUCAACAAGCAUAACUUGCUUGAAUUACCCACCUUGUUUUUCUGUGUACCUAAUGACCCAAAGUGGUCACCCCCAAACCAACUCAAGCUACAAAUACUGAUUUUAAAU